AUGUCCGACCAAGAACACAAAUCUGAACAAAUGUCCCUCAUUGAAGAACUAAUGUCUGAUAUCGACCAUAAACCUCUACACCCCCAAAACAAACUUAUUCUAUACAACCGCUACGUUCUGUCCAAAAUAUCCUGGCAUCUCACUGCAGCACCCCUGUCGAAAACCUGG